GACGUCCACCAUUCUCUCCACCCCACAUCAACCUUCAUUCAGCGAUCAAGUCAUAAUCGCAAGUCAAAAUGGGAAAGGGCAAGCCUAGAGGACUUAACGCUGCGCGCAAGCUGCGCAACAACCGCCGCGAGCAGCGAUGGGCCGAUAACGGUUACAAGAAGCGUGCCCUGGGCACUGCCUUCAAGUCUUCGCCCUUCGGAGGUUCCUCCCACGCCAAGGGCAUCGUCCUCGAGAAGGUCGGUGUCGAGGCCAAGCAGCCCAACUCCGCUAUCCGGAAGUGCGUCCGUGUCCAGUUGAUCAAGAACGGCAAGAAGGUCACUGCUUUCGUCCCCAACGACGGUUGCCUGAACUUCGUGGACGAGAACGACGAGGUGCUCCUGGCUGGUUUCGGUCGCAAGGGCAAGGCCAAGGGUGAUAUUCCCGGUGUGCGAUUCAAGGUCGUCAAGGUUUCCGGUGUCGGUCUGCUGGCUCUGUGGAAGGAGAAGAAGGAGAAGCCUCGCUCUUAGAUGGUGUUACUGCUGCUCCGGGAAUAUCGGAAGUGGCGGGGAGAGGAGGACAAAAAGACAGCAAAGGAAUGCUCUGGGUUUUUUCGGCGUCAAUCAGUGCUUGCUCUCAUCGGCAUCUUCACACACAAAUCAGGCAUGGGGGGUUCUGAUUUCUACUCGGUAGCCAUGAUCGACGAAUAAACAGAUCAUUGCGCCAUGAGCACAGAGAACAAGCGACGUGCGGAUAUACACACACUCCCGAGGCAUUGAGGGGGUAGCGGCGAAACUGCGCCGAGAGGGGGGAGUAAGAGUGGUCGAGGAUCGACCCGUCAAGGGCAAUUCUGUCACAUGCAAUCUUUUGAAUGAGAUGAUACAAGGUUAGAUGAUGGUACAUUUUCGGUUUGCAAGACCGAUGA